GUCACUACUGUCAAACGAACGAAAAUAGAUUUUCAAUUUUACAAUUUAAAAUUUGUUGAAAAUUCUUUUUCAAAAAUCAAAUGAAACUUUAUUAAAUCUUAUGAAACAAAUCACUUAAAAGAAUAAAACGAAAACAUAAAUAAAAUGUACAAACGAUGACGCUUAGAGAAGAAUUUCGUUCGUGCUGGUUAAUCGCCACCAUUGGUUGUAUUCUCUUCUGCGCCGGAAUAACAAUUCUAUUCUGGAAUGAGGGUCGAGCAGCUCAUAUGAUAGUUUCCUUGGAUGAAGCCCUCGAUGCUGCCAUAACAAUCAAUGCUGGCGAUGAAGUGGAAAACAACUACGAGGGUCGUAUCGUCCAUAUCGCUGGUCCCAUCGUCGUCGGAGAGCCACUCACUGAACCUGAUUAUGACAUCCAAAUUCUGGCUGUGAAGUUGAAGAGACGUGUCCAAAUGUACCAAUGGGUUGAGGAAACAAUGGAGCAAAACUAUGGUGAAUCUUUGUCCACUGUACAGAGUGACAGCAAGACUUACUACUACACUAUGCAGUGGCGGGAUAAGCUCAUCGAUUCUCGGAGCUUUUACAUCCAAACAGGGCACCACAAUCCAAAGAAGUUCCCAGUCGAGAGUCAGACACAAGUUGCCGAGAGUGUCUUCCUCGGGCGCUAUGAACUUGGUAACGAAAUUAAGGCUAAGUUUGAUAAGUUUGUGGAACUCACAUCCGAUACUAGGCCGGAGGAUCCCUCAAUCAAGCUUCAUUUGGGACUUUACUAUCACAGCGAUGAUGUGUUCAAUCCUCAAGUGGGCGACUUUCGGUUGUUGUUCUCUUUUGCUGGAAUGGAAGGUGAAUUGUACACAAUUGUUGGCCAGUUGCAUAAUGGAAAGGUGGUUCCUUAUGUGACAUCGAGAAAUGCUAAAGUUCUUCUCGUCUAUCCGGGAGAGCUGAGUCUGGCACAGGUCUUCAAAAUGGAACACCAUGCUCAGCGAUUAACCACCUGGGGUUUCAGAUUCAUGGGUUGGGUGUGUUUGUUCUUUGGAGCCACCUGCACAGCAUCACUUUUGCAUAUCAUUUUAUCACAGGUAUAUUACCUCUCGUCAUUGGCACCAGAUCCCCGGUAUCCAGCCGGGACGAAUCUAAUGCUUUCGCUUUCAUUGGCUUUAGUUAUUACAUCGGUUGCUUGGGCUUUGCACCGACCUUGGGUGGGUGCGGGCUUGUUACUUGCAGCGGCAUCGCCUUUCUUAUAUUGUGCCCGAACAGUGACCCAAUAUCAGGACUUGAAUUAGGAGAGACGACAAA